AUCCAAGAAUCAAGAUAAUCUAAAAGAGCUAAAAGUCGCUAUUAAAUUCUCAAUUCAAGAAUUGCUCAUAACCUAUUCGGAAAAAGUCCCACCUGAAGAAAAAGUUGAAAACUUUGAGAUAAAGGGUUGCGAUAAUUUUGGAUUUCUUGAUUAAAUUCAGCUAAAUGGGUAAAGGAGGGGGUUGUAUGUCAAGCAAGAACAAGUUUCCUAUAAAUGAAUCAGCAGAGAGACCAGUGAGUCAAACUGAUAUAACAGGGUCAGAAGCAGAAAGGUCCAAGAAGUUGAGAAUAUUCAUUGUGUUUUAUUCAAUGUAUGGACAUAUUGAAAGAUUAGCUAGAAGGAUGAAAAAAGGGGUAGAUGGGAUUGAAGGUGUUGAAGGGGUUCUGUAUAUGGUUCCUGAAACGUUAGCACCAGAUGUUUUGGAACAAAUGAAAGUCCCCCCAAAAAUUGAUGAGAUUCCAGUGAUAUCCGUGGAUGAGCUUAUGGAAGCUGAUGGAUUCUUGUUUGGAUUUCCUACAAGAUAUGGAUGUAUGGCAGCUCAGAUGAAGGCAUUUUUUGACUCGACGGGGAAGUUGUGGAGAGAACAAAAGCUUGCUGGAUUGCCUGCAGGGUUCUUUGUCAGUACUGGUACACAAGGAGGUGGACAGGAGACCACCGCCUGGACAGCAGUCACUCAGUUAGCUCACCAUGGGAUGCUCUAUGUUCCAAUAGGAUACACAUUUGGAGCAGGAAUGUUUAGAAUGGAUUCAAUAAGAGGAGGUUCUCCAUACGGAGCAGGAACUUUCUCUGGAGAUGGUAGCAGGGAACCUAGUGAACCAGAGUUGGCGCUGGCCGAGCACCAGGGCAAGUACAUGGCAAUGACAGUUAAAAGAUUGGCUCAGCACUAUUCCUUACCACCUGAUAAUGCCAGCUCCCGACGUUUUUAGAAAUUGAAAAAUGUCCAAAUUUACCCCUCUACUAUAUGAAAUGUCUUAAUUUUAAGUUAUACUUUGGGGCCAUUCAUACCUUUGUCGUUAAGAAAUCGUCUUUGUAUCUGUCUUUGCCUUUAACAGAGCUCCAAAGUGAACCGGAUGAUAAGGUUUCAAUUUACCCCUCUACUUUUCACUAUACUUUAAAAUUACCUUCCGUUAUACUUCAGGUUGGAGUUUCGUUAAGGGUGAGAACGGCAAGGGUGUGGAUGCCCUUCAAAAGUAUAACACAUUAGUAAACUCAAGAUCUUUCAUUUAGUAGAAUUGUAAUUUUACCCUUUUUGGUUUAGAAACACCCUACAUGUAAUUUUUGUCCAUUCCUAAAAACAUUUCCUAAACUGAAUGUAUCAAAAUUUGUGUGCCCUUA